AUAGGUCACUUCCGUUUCUAGACAAAAAAUUUGGUAUAUUAAUCUAUUUCCUUUUUAUACGUUAUUGCACAGAUGCUUUGCUUACUCUCACAGAGGCUGCAGAAGUAAACAAUGUAUGUGAUGGAGAACCAGAUAACAUUAAAAAUGUGCCUUUAAAAUAAGACACAAAGAUGGAGCCCAACCAAUCAGCUCCAUCCUUGGGAAGACGACCCGGCUUCUGCAUUGAUCCCAGAUUCAUCAACCUCCGUCACAUCGGCCAUGGGGGAAAUGCCAUGGUGUAUUCUGCCACUGACAGUGAUUGUGAUAAAGAAGUUGCUAUCAAAAAGUUGUGUUUUUCUGACCGGCGGGGUUGCAAGUAUGCACUAAGGGAAUUAAAGCUGAUGAGAAGACUCCAGCAUGAAAAUGUUGUUACUGUGUAUGAAGUGCUUGGAUCUAAUGGUUUCAGCUUGGAGAAAGGUGGUAAUGUAAACUUGAACCUGAAUGAGACAAGUAGUGUGUAUAUAGUACAAGAACUUUUACAUACUGACCUUCACCAGCUAAUUCAGCAACAACAGCUAACCGAAGAACAUGUUCGCUUGUUUACAUAUCAACUUCUCAGGGGCCUCAAGUACAUUCAUUCAGCAAAUGUUGUUCAUAGAGACCUAAAGCCAAUGAAUUUGCUCAUAAAUGUGGAAGAUCUUGUGCUCAAGAUAGCAGACUUUGGACUGGCAAGAGUUGUUGAUACAGACUACAGCCACAAGGGUUUCCUGACAGACAAUGUGGGGACAUGCUGGUAUCGGUCCCCCGAGCUGAUCAUUUCUCCCCGGGAAUACACGAAGGCCAUUGACCUGUGGAGUGUGGGCUGUAUACUGGCAGAGAUGCUCACAGGCAGACCAGUCUUCCCAGGGGCCCAUGAGAUGGACCAGAUUGGCCUGAUUCUUGACAGCGUGUAUUUAAGUGACAAUGAGUGGAACACAGUCACCCAGAUCCUUCCACAGAGCUUCAUACGACGACACACUCGUGUACCUGAGAAGCCACUUGCUGACAUGAUCACCUGUGUUGAUAUUGAUGCGCUUGAUCUGCUGGAGAAGCUGCUUGUGUUUGAGGCGGGGCUGAGGAUGACUGCAGAGGAGGCCCUCGCCCACCCCUACCUCCAGCAGUUUGCUUGUGUGGAGGACGAACCCAUCGUACUCACACCAUUCCAUAUUGAACACGAGGUUGAUGACCUGUCACCAAAAACAGCACGCAGAAUGAUCUCUAAUGAAAUGUCAAAGACCAUCGAGACCUGUGGCAGCCAGGUAGAGACCGCUCCCCACUUACCUGUCGACGAGUCAUGUGACAUGCCCUCCCCUGAUGCACUCACCUCCCAAUCGGCCAUAUCAACCUCAUCUCAGGAACCUCGAGCUGUUAACAUCAGCAUUCAAAGAGAAUGCCAACAGGAUAAAAACAAAUAUAUGCCAAAUAAUGACACAAUGAAUGCUGAAAAGAAUAGAAGGGUAGCUAGUCCUCUAAUUGAAGAUUGGCAUGAGGAUGCUGACAAUAGUCGGAGAAAUGGCAGAAAUGAUGUCAGGGCAAAACAAGCUCAAGGAUUUCACUCUCAGACCAUCACGCCGUAUUCAGACAUUGAUCUUAUUCCAUUAGAAGCUGUGUCUCUUGAAUCGCAGCUGAAAAAUCUUAGGGUUAUAGUCGAUCUUCCAGAUGAGGAAAAUAUGAAGGAACAGAUCUCGCCAAAAGAAAAUAAAGAUGAGGGUACAGAAAAGUCAAAACACUCCAAAGACCUUGAAAAUGCAAGCAUGGAAAGACUUGUGGUAAAAGUUGAUACUAUUCAGGCGAAAUUUAAAGUGCCAAAGACAAAUGACAUAGUGAACCAGGAGAGGCAGGGAGAACCUGCCAGACCCAGGGAUAACUCCGACUUCGAUGAAAUUGACUUCAUAAGGCUUGAAAAGGAAAGGAUGAGACAGCUAGGGCUGACAGAAAAAUUUAAGAAUGGCAGGAAAAAAAAGAAAAACAGAAGAAAUACACGUAGCAACAGUGGGGAAGAUAGACAGGACUUUGAUUCAUUAUACCGCUUACCCACAGAGCACCUUACACGCCAUAGAAACAGCAUUAGUGGGAAGGAUCGGAAUGUUCGCUCUGUAGAGGAACAGUUGAGACUGCAUGAGGAGUGGAACGAGAGGCGCAAACUUGUGGAAAUGGAACGUGAACACAACUAUGGGGCAGUCGGGGGAUUCCCAGAGACAGAGGAAGGGAUUGUCACACAGGAACAGGCUGUCACCUUUGAGGGAGGAAAUACUAGUCCAACUUCUGAACAUUCUAGGGAUAGUAGCCCAACAAAUGAAGAUGUUAACAUUCGGAGGUUUGACAGAUAAAGUUCUUUUUUAAUUUUUUAACACUCAAGGUGGUUGUGUAAGAUUUCUUUAUGUCAUAAGCUUUAUGGUAUUAUACCUUACCCUAAAUAACAGUUUCAUAUACAAUGCUUUACAUGUGUAUAUGAGAUUAUAUAAUGUUGUUUUUAUUUAUUAGCAAGUUACAUGGUAUAGGUACAGUUUGGAAUUGUCAGAACCCAAAAAUGAUUGUCUUGAAUAUAUUGGACCAGUAGGAAAUAUUUCAAAACGUGAUGUUUUGCUGUAAAACAUACUUACCAUUACGAUUAUGGAUCUGCAGGUAACUGCAUGUGUGUAUACAUGUAAGUGUACAUUUAUGUACAUGUGACCACACUAUACAUGUAUUUUUGGUUCCAUGGGGAGUUUAGCUACAUAUGCUUUCUCCCUUGUCCAUUUGUCUGGUUUUGCUGCCAUUAGUAUUGAAAUUUAGUAUAAUUAUAAUAUAAGGCUUUUGUUACACAUUAAUGCACAAACAUUAAUAUGAACAUUUCAUUGAUAUAUGCAUAUUUAUGUGAACUGGAAGUGUAACUUGGAAUAGUGCAUCUAAAAUGUUAUUUCUUUUAAAUUUUAUUUUAAAAAUCAUUGUCCUUAAUUUAUUGAUGAAAUGAUUAGUACUGAAGUAUUGAUCAUGUGGCAAGUACAUAAGUUCUUUGAAAUCGAAGAGUAACUAAUACUUUUUAAUUGAUGAUGUAGCCUGCUGGGUCUUCUUAUUGAGCAGUCAGAAAACGAUUAUACAAGUAUCAUGUGUAAAAUGUCUUAAACUGAAUUGAACUUUCUUUUUACCAGUUAAUAUAUUGAUGAAAGCAUCCCUGUGUUGCUGACCUAUUUUAGCUCAUAUUGAGAAGGUGUACUUUACAUACAUUGUGAUAUUGAAAUGAUUGCAUUGGAGCUGUUUGGUUGCAACAUUACUAAAUGAUGAUCAUGAAGAAUUGGUAUACACAGUAUUAGAUUUGAGUGUAUAAUCAUGCAGAAUUUUACUGCAUUGAUCAAUAAGCAAUACCCCCUUUGGUUUAGUUCAAUCAUGUGAAUGUUUUUCUCCAAAACAAAUGCAUUUAUGGUGUUUUUUUUACCAGAAGUAAUUUAUUGACAAUAUCUGCAAAUACAGGCAAAGAAACAGAAGUAGGAUAUUAAUUGAGAGCAAUUUACAAUUUAGGUAACUCUGUUAUGUAAUGUACGAUAUUACAUAAUGGUGAAGAAAAAACAGGGCUGACAAAAAUGUGCGAGUGUACAGCACCGUUAGGUGGGGCUCUUGUUUCCAUACAUGUAUAUUAACAUUCCAUAUCUGAAAACAGCAUCAUUUUAUUUUGUAGUUACAAUAGUACCAAAUAUGUGGCAGAUACUUAAAUAUGGUAUAUUUUUUAUACAGUUUGAUUGUAUUAAAUGUGUAUUGUACAGUAUUUGGUUAUAUGAAGUAUGCACAAUGUAUAGAAGCCAUUUAUUUAAUCAUUUUUGCUCUUUCUGUACAAAACUUUUCUGUAACACACAUUAUUUUUGAAGUAGAUUGACUACGGUAAUAUUCAUUUUAAAAAUGUUGAUCCAGCAUUGCAUUUCAUAACUAAAACACACAAAUAAGUUAAAAAAAUUAUUGCAAAAUGUAUGUGUAAUGUUUCAAAACUACUAAUAGCAGCUGUAGCACAGUGGCGGUUGAAGGCCUAGUCCAAGAAAUCUGGAAUCCCCAGUUAUGCAGUUUUGUAUACGGCAUCUGGUCCAAACACACAAAGGGUUAUAACAAUAAGAACCAGUGAAUAAAUACCCCAGAUUAGGGUGAGAAUUUAGGGGUCACUUAAAGAAGGCUUAAAGUAGGCUUACAAUGUUGUUAAAUCAUUUUGCAUUAUUUAGCUAAAAGUACUGUAUUAAAUGAAUACUGUUUUGUUAUAAAGAUGUAAUCAUACAGCCAGGUGUCCUAGUUUGUUAUUUUCUGUUCUUGCUUAUGGUUCUUGUACAUGUUUCCCAUGUAUUCUGGCUAUCAUUUAUCGUAUUGUUACAAAGAUUUGGUUGUGCUAAAACUUAGAACCAUGCAUACACUCUGUAUGUUAAAGGCUUUGGCUUUCUGUAUAAGCAGUGCAAAUAAAGUUCUGUUUUAAACAAAAA